AAUCCGGGCACUUAUACCAGACAAGCGAUAAUUUACAUGACAUGUUUCCGUUUCUAGAAUUGAUUUCCGUCUUACGUUUCUUCUGAACUGACUAAAGGGAUUAUAGAAUCAAGCGUGCUCAGCAACGCACAAAAGCUAUUUUAAACCUUGGUUACAAAAGGUUACGAUUACUCCGUAUGGUCACUGGGUAGCGCUCUGGGGAAUUUGAUUGCUUCUUAGUUUCCUCGUACCGCAGAAGUCUAAGUUAGCGUUAAACAGGGAAACAUCAGCCUACGUGACUGUUCAUCGUUCAAGCUGUGUCGCCCAUAAAAAGCCACAAUGGAUCCGAUCAAGAGGAGGACCAUUCUGUUGGUUGCUAUUAUGUGGAUCAUGUCGUUUACGGCUUGUGUGAUCGCGACAAGCUCACAAGCUUCAACAUUGCCGCUAAGCAUCUCAAUCAGCACUAAUAUCGCCGCCAGCGGCACCGACAUUAACAGUAUCACCACCAAGAUCACCAGCAGCCUUAGGAUCACCUCAAACACCAGCGCCAGAAACAACUUCACCGCCAACGCAACAACAUCCCUUUCAUCGUCGUCAGCCGAAGCAUCACAAUCAGCCCCAACAUCACCACCAGCGGCAACAGCAUUACCCCCAACAUCACCAGCAGCCUCAGGAUCUCCUCAACCGCUAAGAUCCGCGCCAACCUCAGCGCCAGUGGCACCAACACCGCUUUCAUCAUCGUCAGGCAAAGCAUCACAGUUGGCUCCAACAUCACCACUAGCGGCAACAGCGCUACUACCGACAUCACCAGCAGCCUCAGGAUCAUUUCAACUGCCAAGGUCGGCGCUAACUUCAGCGCCAGUGGCACCAACACCGCUUUCAUCAUUGCCAGCCGAAGCAUCACAAUCAGCCCCAACAUCACCACCAGCGGCAACAGCAUUACCCCCAACAUCACCAGCAGCCUCAGGAUCUCCUCAACCGCUAAGAUCCGCGCCAACCUCAGCGCCAGUGGCACCAACACCGCUUUCAUCAUCGUCAGGCAAAGCAUCACAGUUGGCUCCAACAUCACCACUAGCGGCAACAGCGCUACUACCGACAUCACCAGCAGCCUCAGGAUCAUUUCAACUGCCAAGGUCAGCGCCAACUUCAGCGCCAGUGGCACCAACACCGCCUUCAUCAUUGCCAGUCGAAGCAUCACAGUCAGCCCCAACAUCACCACCAGCGGCACCUACAUCAACAGCAUUACUACUGACAUCACCAGCAGCCUCAGGAUCGCUUCAACCAUCAGGGUCAACGACAGCAUCAUCGCUAGUGUUGGAAUCAACAUCUCCAUCACCGACAUCUCUAUCACCAAAUUCGAAGUCGGAAUCACCACAACCGCUAACGUCACUAAUGAAAAUACAGCUAUUAAGCACGGAUAUAGCAUUAUCAUAUCGUUAUUCCUCACUAUUAACAUCAUUGUCAUCAUCUCCAUUAUCUGUGACAGCUUCAACAUUGCCGCUAAGCAUCUCAAUCAGCACUAAUAUCGCCGCCAGCGGCACCGACAUUAACAGUAUCACCACCAAGAUCACCAGCAGCCUUAGGAUCACCUCAAACACCAGCGCCAGAAACAACUUCACCGCCAACGCAACAACAUCCCUUUCAUCGUCGUCAGCCGAAGCAUCACAAUCAGCCCCAACAUCACCACCAGCGGCAACAGCAUUACCCCCAACAUCACCAGCAGCCUCAGGAUCUCCUCAACCGCUAAGAUCUGCGCCAACCUCAGCGCCAGUGGCAUCAACACCGCCUUCAACAUCGUCAGGCAAAGCAUCACAGUUGGCUCCAACAUCACCACCAGCGGCAACAGCGCUACUACCGACAUCACCAGCAGCCUCAGGAUCAUUUCAACUGCCAAGGUCAGCGCCAACUUCAGCGCCAGUGGCACCAACACCGCCUUCAUCAUUGCCAGUCGAAGCAUCACAGUCAGCCCCAACAUCACCACCAGCGGCACCUACAUCAACAGCAUUACUACUGACAUCACCAGCAGCCUCAGGAUCGCUUCAACCAUCAGGGUCAACGACAGCAUCAUCGCUAGUGUUGGAAUCAACAUCUCCAUCACCGACAUCUCUAUCACCAAAUUCGAAGUCGGAAUCACCACAACCGCUAACGUCACUAAUGCAGCAAUCAUCGGCGGUCUUAGCAUCAUUAUUAGCUCUAGUGUCACCACCGAUAUCUGCGUCAGAAUCAGCCCAGGCAUCGCCGGCACCAUCAGCGCCAGUGUCGACAUCGCCAUCAGCAUCGACACCAUCACCACCAUCACUCUCGUCAUCAUCAUUGUCAGUAUCACCAGCGCUAUCACAUUCUCCGUCACUGUCACCAUCAGCAACACUUGAAACGUCUCUAUCACCUUCUCCACGAGCUCUAUCGUCACUGUCCUUAUCACAGCCGCAGUCACCAUCACCUUUGCAAUCAUCGUCAUCGAUACCACCAGCAUCAUCAAUCCAGUUAACACAAUCUUCAGCUAUAACAUUACGCUCAUCGUCAACAAAACCAACUACCAUGACGGUGUCUACGUCGUCGAGGUCGCCACCACCUACUACACCGUCAAAAGAAGGCUCCAAGAAAUUCGAAGGAAGUGGCAAAGUGGAGAAACCUUGGGAUGUCGAAUAUGGAAAUAACAGGUCUGCUCAGUACAAAACUCUUAAGAGCGAGCUGGAAAACCAUUUAAGAGGAAUUCUCGAAAAGAAAUACGAACAAAAUUUACUUGAUCUUGCGGUGAAAAACUUCCGGAGCGGAAGCAUAAUUUUCGACUUUACAGUUUUCCUUACGUCUACGACGGAUGUUGAUGCCAACAGCCUGAAGAAGGUAAUAGAGAAAGGUGAAGGGGGCUCAGAAAACUUCACUAUAUCCGUCGAAAGUGUAAAGCAGGUGGCUGGUCCUACACAAACUACAACGUGUCCAACGUGUCCUGAGCCCGUCUCAUGCAAGGCGUGGAUUGCGGUUGUGAUCGCACUUGGAAUUAUAAAUCUGCUUUUGCUUGUUUUGUUGCUGUGUUUUAUCCUUCAAAACAGAAGAUCGAAAAACAGUUCAAAGAAGUGGAAUACAUCAGAUCGGCAAAAUUACAACGAUUCUUUUGCGCAGCCCCGUAUGUACAGCUUUGUCUCCGCAGAUAUGUACCCACUAACUGGCACACCAAGGGUUGCGAGAAAAACAAGUAGUCUUGGUUUAACGACAUUUAGCGCGGAGAAUGAGGGUUGUAAUGGCUUGGAAAACGAAGAUAAGGAAGCAGAGCCAAACAGCAACAAACCUUUGAAAGACGACAACAAAAGUGAUGUUCCCGAAAAGGAAGAUAAAGACGAAGACAAUCUCCAGUCUUUAUCUGGAAUUAGUUUUUAUUAGUCAAGCAACUAAUUCCAAGCUUCUAAUUGAUUUAACCAUUAAGGGAUGAAGAAUGAAGAGGACAAAAUGAGCGUUUCAGUCAUUAUGAUCCCAAUCAUCAUCACAAACAGUAAUGUCUAGAAACGCCAGGCUUGUGUAGCAUGUCUUUCCAUUUCCUUUUAUCCAAGCAGGACAAUUGGCCACGCGAUGCGCAUGGGUUGAAAGCGAGCUAAAAAGGCGACGAAGGUGGAGAAGCUCUUCGCUUUUUAACUCACUUUUGCUCAACGCCCUUGUGCAGCAGACGCUUUUCUCACUUGGGUAUAAUGAAACGGCAAAGCAUCUUAAGCCACGCCCUCCUCUUGCUAUCUAUUGUAAGUAAUGUACCGGUUGUGGAUUAAGACAAGAAUAACUAGUGAUACUAACCACAGUGUCUGAGAAUAAUGUCGCUGAAAGCAUUGCACGUGUGAUCGCUACAUCAUCUUUCCACGUCCCCCAAAGAGUGAGUGUGCCUAGGUGUGCGUAAAGUAGCGAUAACAAUUAUCUACUCUUCGAAAUACGAUUGCACUGGAUGUAGACACCAUUUUAAUUUCUAACGGGCUUCGUUUAAUUUUUAUACUUUCCAUCUAAUAUAAAGUGAAAACAUAUUACAUGCUACGAGCAUCUUUUUUUAUUAUUAAUGAUCAUCAGCUGUUUGAAUUGGUUUAAUACGCAUUAUCUUUAUCCAGAAAAUAUUAGUGUGGCUAGCCCUGCAAUUCUGUGGCAAGUUGGAUGUUAUUCUUGUGUUGUAUUAACGCUUUCCAAAUGUCCCCGCGGGCCUUUUACCUUUCUGAAGCAUAGACUAGAGAAAACGCUUACAAUUGACCCACUUUUGUACUCGAUUUUCAAGCAUAAGAAAGAAGAAUACGCCUGUUAUUUGUUAAAAGUGAUACUAUUUAUUUACUCCUGGAAGUUCAAGCUUUAUUUAAUGAUCGAACCGACUUAAUUAUUUCUUUACAUGCAUGUGUUAACAAGGAACCAGCAUUACGUGUUUCAAACAGUUUGUUCUCUUGACAGUAAUUUAAAUACCCUCGGAGACUUAGUGACCUUUCAACCAACUUUACAUGCCAACUGAUUAGUUAAUAUGUCAAACAGUUGUUUUCUCAUGAAACCCUCCCUUAACUUACUAGAGUUUCCUCUUUACUAACAGCAAAACCCCUGCUAGAACAGGAGUUGUGUACAAGACAAAACUUAUUUGCUACAAAUUGGUCACGUGUUGUGAGAAGUACGAUCUGUUACAUGUUACGGCAAAAAA